GUUUGACAUCACGUCUUUGUGAGCCAUGAACACGAAUCGUAAGCGGUAGUCCGCAUUCAAAACAUUGGCGGAGGUCCUCGUGCACGGCAUAACAUAUACCUUCUACAAGUUUGGCGACGCUCGAGAUGUUUGUGGCAUUAGAAAGCAGACCGGUUUCAGAGAGGGUCCGCAGGCCUUUAGCCAUGCAGGCCAUCUGCAGGACCCCCGCUGGGUCUGCUGUUCGCCCGGUGACCUCCUUCCUGCCGGUGAUUGUCGGCCCCCCGCCUCCAGCACCCCAAGCUCCCCCGGCCGCCACGCGCACCCCGAGCCACCGCUGGACGGCCAAACCGCGAACUGGCCCGCAGAUUCAGAACGUCACGUCAUCUGUUAAACUGGGUUGUGACCUGGACCUGGAGUUCAUCGCUCGCAAUUCCUGGAACGUACAGCACCUGUCAACGGUCUUCAAGUCGCUCGUCAUGAAGAUCAGGAAGCCCCAGACCACCGCGAGGAUCUUCCAGUCGGGAAUCCUGUUCUGCACAGGAGCCAAGAGCGAGGAGGAGUCCAAGGUCGCCGCCAGGAAGUUUGCCUUCAAAGUUCUCAAGCUGGGCUACCCGGUCCGCUUUCUGGACUUCAAGGUUCUCAACAUAGGGGGCACUUGCAAAACCUUUCCAAUCAACCUGGAGGAUCUGUUUCUGGCCCACCAAGACCACUGCAGUUACGAACCUGAGCUGUUUCCUGCGCUGCAGUACAACUUUCGACCUGGCAUGACUGCGUCUGUCUUUUCCUCGGGGUCCAUCUCGCUGGUUGGGGCUAAAACCGAAGAUGAAUUUUACAGUGCCUUCAACACCCUGGACGCCAUCCUGGGCGGCUUCAGAAGGACAUGAAGCUAAGGAGGCCUCUGAUGGCUACCAACGCGGACCCCCAGCCCUCUUCCAGGCCUCGCUCCCAAGUCCUGUACGGUGACGUUUUUAGUGUUAGCAUGUAGCAUUAGCAACGUGACUGUUGGGGACUUGUGAUCAAAUAAAUACAUACAGUAUUGCAUCAUACAUCAUGUCAACUUUGACCUGGGCUGACUGAAAUGCACUGCCA